GGCAUGUGACUGCGCGUUCCCGUCCGCCAUCAGGCAGAUGCGGCGAAAGCAAGCGCGGGAUGAAACGGCAUAGCAUCCGUGCAACUUAAUUCAACUCUUCAGCAGUUGGACGCUAUAACUUUGCUGGACGGACUCUUUUGCACAUUUACAGGUUUUGACGCGAUUAGAGGGAACGUGGGGUUUUCAACAUGGAUACAGUCGCACCUGGGAAAAAAAGGGUGAGUUCAGAGCGAAGAAAGGAGAAAUCUCGGGAUGCUGCACGUUGUCGGAGAGGAAAAGAGUCCGAGGUGUUUUAUGAGCUGGCCAAAGAACUGCCCCUGCCCCACAGCAUCACCUCCAACCUGGACAAAGCAUCAGUCAUAAGGCUCGCGCUCAGCUACUUUCGCUUGCGUAAACUGGUGGACACAGGUGUACUGGGUGUGGAGACUGAAUUGGACUGUCAGUGGAACAGUACAUUUCUUAAAGCUUUGGAUGGGUUUCUCAUGGUUCUGUCUCUUGAUGGUGACAUGGUGUAUUUGUCAGAGACUGUGAGCAAGUGCCUGGGUCUUCCUCAGAUUGACCUUAUUGGACACAGUGUGUUUGAAUUUAGUCAUCCGUGUGAUCAUGAAGAGCUCAGAGAAAUGCUAGCACACAGAAUAGGCAUAUUGAAGAAAGGGAAGGAGCAGCACACAGACAGAAAUUUUCUAUUGAGGAUGAAAUGUACACUAACCAGCAGAGGGCGCACUGUCAAUAUCAAAUCUGCCUCCUGGAAGGUUCUGCGUUGUUCGGGCCAUAUCCACACAGUUGACGCCAUCGAGAAUGAUGUGUGUGAGGAAGAAAGGGUCUGUUCGACAUACCUGGUGGUAAUCUGUGAGUCUAUUCCCCAUCCAGGCAACAUUGAAGCACCACUGGAUUCUAGAACGUUCCUCAGCCGGCACACUUUAGAUAUGCGCUUCACCUACUGUGAUGAAAGGAUCACAGAUUUGUUGGGUUUUGAUCCAAGGGAUCUGUUGCAGCAUUCUGUAUACGAGUACUACCACGCCCUGGAUUCUGAUCAUAUGACCAAAACACAUCACAACCUGUUUGUGAAGGGACAGGUAUGUACCGGGCAAUACCGUAUGCUGGCUAAAACAGGAGGCUUUGUCUGGGCUUUAACUCAGGCCACUGUUAUUUACAACAGUAAAAACUCCCAGCCACAGUGCGUGGUCUGUGUCAACUACAUCCUCAGUGGCAUUGAACAGCCCAAAGAAAUCCUUUCACUGCAGCAAAUCAACAGCACAAAAGUUAAACAGGAAAAGGAGGAAGAGAAUGAGGAAGCCCUCAUGGCUGAAGUGACCAUGAUGGCGUUUAAAAAGGAGAGUAAGGAGGGUGAUGAGAAGAAAAAAUGUUUGGUAGAUGAGGAUCUGCAACCUGCAGUGCUACAUGGUAACCUAAAGGGGGUGCCAGAUGAGCUCACAGUCAUAGACCCCCCAACAGCACAGGCGGUGCUCACGCUGGAUAUCAACAGCCAAGACUCUGCCAUCAGUGUGCUGAAAGACAUUCCUCUCUACAAUGAUGUCAUGUUACCCUCAUCCAGUGUCUUGUUGCCCCUCUCACCGCUCUCCCUACAUACUGAUGCACUGUGUUCAACCCUAAAUGAUGCAGACACUUCCACCUCCCAACUAGAGCCUGAUGGCUUCCCUGUCUCACAAUCGUCUGAUCUGUCUUUGGAUUCAGAAUAUAGUGACCAGCAAAAAUCAGAUCAGGUGAAGAAACUGUUUUCUAUGGAUUUGCAGCCCAAGACACUAUUCAAUAUACAGAUCAUGCUGACACCAGACAAAAACAAUGUAGGUACAGAAUGGCACAGAAGUCAAAUUUCUCCAGUGGGUUUGGAUCUGGAGAUGUUGGCACCAUACAUUCCAAUGGAUGAUGACUUCCAGCUGCGGACUCCAUCCAGGUCGAUCUGUUCCAGCCCAUGUUCAGGUCUCGAACUGCCUUCCUCCAAUAGCACACAAACUGCCCCAUCGGUCCAAGUGACCCCUUUAGAGUCAACGUGCUGUGACACAGCUCAACAGAACACUGGAACCAAGCUGAUCGACGACAGAGUAAUUAUUCAAGACAAUGGUAUUUCGUCUAAAUGUCAGACCGGCCCAAAGCUACUCAAGAGAAAAUUUGAGGCCAUUACUCUUUCUGAAGCAAUAAGGCUGGGGUCUGUGGUGCAGGUUGUGGCUGAAAUACCUGAGAAAAGGAUCAAAAUAUCAGACGCUUCAUCAUCAGAAGGGCUCCGUCACACUACAAUACUGUUGCUGCCAUCUGAUGUUGCUAGUAGGUUAAUGAGCAGAUCAUCAGAUGGUGGGGCAUUAUCCCUGUCCCUCCCCCAGCUUACCCAUUACGACUGCGACGUUAACGUACCCGUAACUGGACGGCAACACCUGCUACAGGGGGAGGAGCUACUGUGUGCCUUGGAUUUAGUUAUCUGAAUAGCCAUACUUCUAUGUAUGCGAUACAUUAUAACAUUAAUCACAAGUUUAUGUUUCUCAUAGACCAAAUGUAAAUUUCUCCCAUGAUGCGGGAGAUAUCAGUGGCAUUAUGGAUUGUUGUCCAUUAUCAAGACAGUGAUGAGCAAUCAGACCGCUGGGAUGAUUUUUGCUUAGAUAGAAAAACAUGCUGGACAUCAAUAAGCAAAAGACUUUUAGCAUAUAAAUUAUUAUGGAAGCAGGGAAGACUCCUAAAGCAAAAAUGAGCUGUGCUCUUAUAGGUUAGAGCAAAAACGCACAGAAAAGAGAAUAUAUAUUGUAUUCUAUAUAUAUAUAUAUAUAAGAUAUAUAUUGUAUUGUCACACGUCUUUGCGCACAAAUGAUAUGAAUUACCAGCAGCUUCUUGAGGAAAUGUUAUUUUAUUAGCACUGCUGUUUUGUAAUUGAUUUCAGGAAUGUCUAAAUGUUUCUUGUUUAUUUGGUCAGGGUUUUGUGUGUCCCAUAUAAAAACGUACAUAUAUGUGUAUGUGUGUGUGUGUGUAUGUUGUGAAUUGUCUUAAGUGGCUUUUAUUUGAAUCUGUUAUAUUGAAAUAUAGAGAUAGAAGUAGCUUUUGAGGGAGUGACUCAAUUGGAAAUGAGUUGUGUGAGAUCAUACGAGAGAAAUUAACUUGAUGUUGACUAUUACAGAUGAUGAUGAUGUUAUUACUAGAGGUUUCUAUGGAGAUAAAUAUAUUUAGGGCAUUACAAGCAAAAUGUUAUAUACUAUCUGUUUGUAGUGGCAUAUGGGAAACAUAGGAUAUAGGGCACCCACUGGUGUUUGAGCUUAGCCACGGAUCUCUGUUCUCACGUUUGUUUUGUGUAGUGUCACAUUGUCUUCAGGAAUUUGUAAUGUCUGUGACAAAUAAAAUGUUUUUCAACCUCA